AUGGCAUCCGCAGUUGAUUCUUCAAAUCAUACAGCAUCUAAUCAUGGUAAUAUAUUACCGAAAUUCAGUGAUUAUCGGUCUCGAGUAAUGCUCGGUGAUCUUCCGCAAGAUUUUCUUCGUAUACAACUUGUAGAAUCUCAACUCUAUAGACCAUCGGCUUUUGAUCAUGCACUCGAACACGACUCCAAUUUUAUUGGUUACUUUACUUUCAGUAUUACUGAAGCUAAACUAAUCAAAAAUUCGGGUCCCCUAGGUCUACUAAGAAUGGAUCCAUAUGUUCGCUUUCAAAUUGGUUCUAUUUCAAAUGAAACACCAACAGCAACUGGUGGUGGUAAAAAUCCACAAUGGAACAUCUCAUAUCGAAUUAACCUAUUUAAAGGUAUGGAGCGAAUAUAUAUAGAAUUAUUUGAUCAGCGCAGUUUUACAGAAGAUAAUUUUAUUGGAGAAUGUCGAAUAGAAAUUCCACAGGAAGUAAUCAGUGGUCAAACAAAACUAAGCUGGUAUCCGUUAAUGGGACGAGAAACCAGUGCCAAUGAAAAUCAAGGCGAAAUUCUUGUUAUGAUGAGUUUAAUGCCAAUCAUAUCAGAUCAACCGUCAGACAUAGAUGAUGUAAAUCUUUUAAAUAGCUCAACUGGUUCUUCGUCAACAUCAUCUCCAUCCAACAGUGUUGUUGAAUCAGCAGCAAUGUAUUCGUCAGAUGACAUACGAACAAUUGAAGAAAUGUUCCCUGCAAUUGAUCGUCAGAUAAUAAUUGAUUUAUUGGAAAAACACGGAGGAAAUAAAGAUCUCGUUGUUAAUCAUCUUUUACAAAAUAUUAUCUCUUAA